ACAAUUGUCAUUUGUUCGUGGAGGGCUGUCUAAACAUCUGAGCGUGGUUUCGUAUUGCAGAAUACGGCAAGUCAGAAUAGUCUUAUAUUUACAGAAAACCAAUCGAUCAUCUGAAAGCGGCCGAGCUUUUGAAAAUGAAUGGAAAGUAUCAACAGAAAGUGAAAAAAAACAAAAACACUUCAGAAGACUUGACUUGCAGAGUUCAACUAACAUCUAACCCUCCAGAAAAACAUGAAUUCAGCAAAAAAGUUAAUCAUUCCCAAAUGCAUAUGACAGAAAACGCUAGAAACAAAAAACAAGACAAAAUUAACGGUACUAACAACACGAAUAACGAAGUAACUAAUAAAACAGUAUUCGGUUUAAAAAAUAUUCCUCCGCAUCAGUUUAAUAAGACACAGAAUCGAAAAUUCGCAGCCGCCUCCUCGAGCUCGGACUCUGAUUCUAGUGAUGACGAGCAGCCAGCGAGUAAGAAGCCUGCGUUGGUGAAAGCGUCUCCGUCUGUGGGUAAGCCUGUUGCCGGUGUGGUUGUUGGUGGUAAGAAGGCUGUUGGGAAGCCGGCGUCGUCGAGUUCGGACUCGGAUUCGAGUGAAGAGGGUGCUGUGGGAUUGGUGAAGAAGCCUGUGGGUGUUGCCGGUAGUGGUGUUAAGUCAGGUAUGGGUGUUGUCCCUCAAGUUAGUGCUCAGUCUGUGCAGAAGAAGAAGGUGGCAGUCGCUUCGUCGAGCUCGGACUCUGAUUCUAGUGAUGACGAGCAGCCAGCGAGUAAGAAGCCUGCGUUGGUGAAAGCGUCUCCGUCUGUGGGUAAGCCUGUUGCCGGUGUGGUUGUUGGUGGUAAGAAGGCUGUUGGGAAGCCGGCGUCGUCGAGUUCGGACUCGGAUUCGAGUGAAGAGGGUGCUGUGGGAUUGGUGAAGAAGCCUGUGGGUGUUGCCGGUAGUGGUGUUAAGUCAGGUAUGGGUGUUGUCCCUCAAGUUAGUGCUCAGUCUGUGCAGAAGAAGAAGGUGGCAGCCGCCUCGUCGAGCUCGGACUCUGAUUCUAGUGAUGACGAGCAGCCAGCGAGUAAGAAGCCUGCGUUGGUGAAAGCGUCUCCGUCUGUGGGUAAGCCUGUUGCCGGUGUGGUUGUUGGUGGUAAGAAGGCUGUUGGGAAGCCGGCGUCGUCGAGUUCGGACUCGGAUUCGAGUGAAGAGGGUGCUGUGGGAUUGGUGAAGAAGCCUGUGGGUGUUGCCGGUAGUGGUGUUAAGUCAGGUAUGGGUGUUGUCCCUCAAGUUAGUGCUCAGUCUGUGCAGAAGAAGAAGGUGGCAGCCGCCUCGUCGAGCUCGGACUCUGAUUCUAGUGAUGACGAGCAGCCAGCGAGUAAGAAGCCUGCGUUGGUGAAAGCGUCUCCGUCUGUGGGUAAGCCUGUUGCCGGUGUGGUUGUUGGUGGUAAGAAGGCUGUUGGGAAGCCGGCGUCGUCGAGUUCGGACUCGGAUUCGAGUGAAGAGGGUGCUGUGGGAUUGGUGAAGAAGCCUGUGGGUGUUGCCGGUAGUGGUGUUAAGUCAGGUAUGGGUGUUGUCCCUCAAGUUAGUGCUCAGUCUGUGCAGAAGAAGAAGGUGGCAGCCGCCUCGUCGAGCUCGGACUCUGAUUCUAGUGAUGACGAGCAGCCAGCGAGUAAGAAGCCUGCGUUGGUGAAAGCGUCUCCGUCUGUGGGUAAGCCUGUUGCUGGUGUGGUUGUUGGUGGUAAGAAGGCUGUUGGGAAGCCGGCGUCGUCGAGUUCGGACUCGGAUUCGAGUGAAGAGGGUGCUGUGGGAUUGGUGAAGAAGCCUGUGGGUGUUGCCGGUAGUGGUGUUAAGUCAGGUAUGGGUGUUGUCCCUCAAGUUAGUGCUCAGUCUGUGCAGAAGAAGAAGGUGGCAGCCGCUUCGUCGAGCUCGGACUCUGAUUCUAGUGAUGACGAGCAGCCAGCGAGUAAGAAGCCUGCGUUGGUGAAAGCGUCUCCGUCUGUGGGUAAGCCUGUUGCCGGUGUGGUUGUUGGUGGUAAGAAGGCUGUUGGGAAGCCGGCGUCGUCGAGUUCGGACUCGGAUUCGAGUGAAGAGGGUGCUGUGGGAUUGGUGAAGAAGCCUGUGGGUGUUGCCGGUAGUGGUGUUAAGUCAGGUAUGGGUGUUGUCCCUCAAGUUAGUGCUCAGUCUGUGCAGAAGAAGAAGGUGGCAGCCGCCUCGUCGAGCUCGGACUCUGAUUCUAGUGAUGACGAGCAGCCAGCGAGUAAGAAGCCUGCGUUGGUGAAAGCGUCUCCGUCUGUGGGUAAGCCUGUUGCCGGUGUGGUUGUUGGUGGUAAGAAGGCUGUUGGGAAGCCGGCGUCGUCGAGUUCGGACUCGGAUUCGAGUGAAGAGGGUGCUGUGGGAUUGGUGAAGAAGCCUGUGGGUGUUGCCGGUAGUGGUGUUAAGUCAGGUAUGGGUGUUGUCCCUCAAGUUAGUGCUCAGUCUGUGCAGAAGAAGAAGGUGGCAGCCGCCUCGUCGAGCUCGGACUCUGAUUCUAGUGAUGACGAGCAGCCAGCGAGUAAGAAGCCUGCGUUGGUGAAAGCGUCUCCGUCUGUGGGUAAGCCUGUUGCCGGUGUGGUUGUUGGUGGUAAGAAGGCUGUUGGGAAGCCGGCGUCGUCGAGUUCGGACUCGGAUUCGAGUGAAGAGGGUGCUGUGGGAUUGGUGAAGAAGCCUGUGGGUGUUGCCGGUAGUGGUGUUAAGUCAGGUAUGGGUGUUGUCCCUCAAGUUAGUGCUCAGUCUGUGCAGAAGAAGAAGGUGGCAGCCGCUUCGUCGAGCUCGGACUCUGAUUCUAGUGAUGACGAGCAGCCAGCGAGUAAGAAGCCUGCGUUGGUGAAAGCGUCUCCGUCUGUGGGUAAGCCUGUUGCCGGGUGUGGUUGUUGGUGGUAA